ACUAAACUGAAAAUCACACCAUAAAAUUUUGCACUUUAAGAAUAGUUGCGAAAAGAUGUUGGCCUAGGGGACUGAAAAUGGUAUGAGAAUUAUACGACGUUAGACGUGUAAGCUGAAAUAUAUAAAUAUUUAUAUAUAUUAUAUAUUUUUGAAUUUAUAUUUUGUAGAUUAUAUUCAUCUUCUCUCUCACAUUAUCAAAUACUAACAAUAUGAGCGUGUUUGAUAAAGUAUCAUCUCUUCAACAUCUUCUUCAAGAUGCCAAUACAACCAUACCAGAUUCUAUUACAUAUGGAGAAAUAUUCAAUAGCUUACAACAUUUAUCUCAAACAGAUCCAGAAUCAUUAUCAUCUAAAUUAAAUUUGCUUGAGAAAUUAUGGGCCAGUUGGUAUAUUUUCAUUAAUAAUGAUAUUUUAGCAACUGGGCUUUUAUUCUUUCUAACACAUGAAUUUAUGUAUUUCGGAAGAUGUUUACCAUGGUUUAUAAUUGAUCAAAUUCCUUAUUUCAACAGAUGGAAAUUGCAACCAACUAAGAUUCCAUCUAAUAAAGAACAAUGGGAAUGUUUUAAGGCUGUGUUAAAAUCACAUCUCUUAGUUGAAGCUUUACCAAUUUGGUUAUUCCAUCCAUUAUGUUCCACUUUGAAUAUUUCAAUCGAUGUACCCUUCCCAGCAUGGCAAACUAUGCUUGCCCAAAUUUCAUUUUUCUUUUUCUGUGAAGAUAUGUGGCAUUAUUGGUUUCAUAGAUUAUUUCAUUGGGGUUGGUUUUACAAGAAUAUUCACAAGGUUCAUCAUAAAUAUGCUGCUCCAUUUGGAUUUGCUGCAGAAUAUGCUCAUCCAGCAGAAGUUAUGGCUUUAGGAAUUGGUACUGUUGGAUUCCCAGUCCUUUAUGCCUUUUUAGCCACUAAAUACAGCUCUUUACCAACUCUUCAUUUAUUUACCAUUACAAUUUGGAUUUGUUUAAGAUUACUUCAAGCUGUUGAUUCUCAUUCAGGAUAUGAUUUCCCAUGGUCAUUAAAUAAAUUUGUUCCAUUUUGGGCUGGUGCUGAACACCAUGAUUUACACCAUCACUAUUUCAUUGGUAAUUAUGCAAGUUCUUUUAGAUGGUUUGAUUACUGUUUAGGUACCGAGAGUGGUCCAGCUCAUAAAGAUAAGAGAGAAAGAGAACAAAGACUCAGAGCAGAAAGAAAGACCCAAUAGACCAUUCCCAACAGUAGACAGAACUUUCUUAAUUUCGUAUAUAUAUUACUGUAAUUACAUACUAUUCCACUUAUAUGAUGCUAAAUAAAUAACGAUACCUUUUCAGAUAAAUAUUAAUUUAAAUAUAAUAAUAAUAAUAAUAAUAAUAAUAUUAAGACUAUAUUAGUGGUAUUUACUACGGAUUAGAUUUCGGGCUUUGAUAUGCUGC